UAAUUUACUUUUGGCUUUCUUCUCUGUCGUUCAGACACAAACGCUCAGCCCAGUCCCCUUCCCGGCGUCGCCUCAGUCUCUUUUACUCUACUCGUGUUGAAUUGUGUAAGCCAUGGAAGCUCGGAUUUUGCAGUCCUCUUCUUCUUCUUCUUCUUGCUACUUCUCCACCGGUUCCAUCAACCGAUACCGUUUCUCCUCCGUGUCACCAUCUCUGAAGCCUCUCUCCGUCAGUUUCUCUCAUAAGACGAGAACAACAACAAAUGUUAUAUCAAUGUCGAAGAAAGAUGACAACACCGAGAGUCUCAGUUACAAAGGGUCAGGUGUGGAUAUCGAUGCUGGAACUGAGCUCGUUAGAAGAAUCGCUAAGAUGGCUCCUGGAAUCGGCGGCUUCGGUGGUCUCUUCCCAUUAGCAGGUGAUUUUUUUCUUGUAGCUGGUACGGAUGGUGUAGGGACUAAGCUUAAGUUAGCCUUUGAAACCGGGAUCCAUCAUACCAUUGGAAUAGACUUGGUAACACAAAACAAUAAGCCUUGUGUGUGUGUGACCUUUUUGUUGGAGACACUCAUUGUUUUGGUUCCUUUGUUGCAGGUUGCUAUGAGUGUGAAUGAUAUUGUUACUUCUGGUGCAAAGCCUCUCUUCUUCCUGGAUUACUUUGCUACUAGUCGUCUUGAUGUAGACCUUGCGGAGAAGGUUAUUAAAGGGAUUGUUGAUGGCUGUGGGCAAUCAGACUGUGCUCUCUUAGGUGGAGAGACUGCGGAGAUGCCAGACUUUUACGCAGAGGGAGAGUAUGAUCUCAGUGGGUUUGCAGUUGGGAUAGUGAAGAAAGACUCUGUUAUUAACGGGAAGAACAUAGUGGCAGGAGAUGUUCUUAUUGGCCUUCCAUCUAGCGGAGUUCAUUCCAAUGGCUUCUCUUUAGUAAGAAAGGUUGUGGCUCGAAGCGGUCUUUCGCUGAAAGAUGAGCUUCCAGGUGGAUCAACUACACUUGGUGAAGCUUUAAUGGCACCCACUACCAUUUAUGUGAAGCAGGUACUUGACAUAAUCAGCAGAGGAGGAGUGAAAGGGAUAGCUCAUAUAACAGGUGGAGGUUUCACAGACAACAUCCCUCGUGUCUUCCCUGACGGUUUAGGUGCUGUUGUCAACACUGAUGCUUGGGAACUUCCACCAUUGUUCAAAUGGAUCCAACAGUCUGGGAGAAUAGAAGAUAGUGAGAUGAGAAGGACGUUUAACCUGGGGAUAGGGAUGGUUCUGGCGGUUAGUCCAGAGGCGGCUACGAGGAUACUUGGAGAAGCCAAGAAUGGAGAUUAUGUUGCCUAUCGUAUUGGAGAAGUUAUAAAUGGUGAAGGUGUAACAUAUCAUUAG